UUCAUUCGGCAGAGAGCGCGGGCCCCCAGAGGACGCAUCCGAAUCUAGUCCCGCAGCCGAGCAAUGGCGUCCUCCGGGCUCCUCGUGACCGGAGCCUCCUUCGCCGCCUUCAGGGGGCUGCACUGGGGGCUGCAAAUACUGCCCACACCUGGAUCUGCUGCUCAGGACCGUUGGAAGUGGCGGAACAUCUGUGUCUCGCUGGUGCACAGCACGCUCACGGGGGCAGGGGCGCUGCUCGGGCUAUCACUGUACCCUCAGAUGGCUGCCGACCCGAUUCGUGGCCACCCGCCCUGGGCCCUGGUGCUGGUGGCUGUAUCUGUAGGUUAUUUCCUGGCUGAUGGAACUGACUUGCUGUGGAACCAGACCAUGCGCCAGGCCUGGGAACUUCUCUGUCACCAUUUGGUGGUAGUAAGCUGCCUCAGCACCGCCAUUCUGUCUGGCCACUACGUGGGCUUCUCUGUGGUGUCUCUGCUCCUGGAGCUGAACUCUGCCUGUCUACACCUACGGAAGCUGCUGCUGCUUUCUCACCAGGCCCCAUCCCUGGUCUUUAGCAUAGCCAGCUGGGCCACUCUGGCCACCCUUGCCCCCUUCCGCCUGGUGCCACUGGGGUGGAUGAGUGUGUGGCUGUUCCGACAGCACCAACAGGUGCCUCCUGCUCUGGUUGUCCUUGGUGGAAUUGGGCUGAUGACCGUGGGUGUCAUGAGCAUCAUAUUGGGUGUCCGCAUCUUCGUCAGUGAUGUUCUGCGGUCUCGGGCCCACCUGCCCACUCUGAGGGACAAGGAAAGCAGGGACACUGGGACAUGUGAUAGUGAGCCUGUCACCAGGGAUGUUUCCAAUCUUCGCAAGAAAGACUAAAGAGAAGCCUCAAACUUCUCUUCUGCCAGUCCUGGGGGAGAUAGAACCAAGACAAGAUGGUGAACUUCAUGUACAUUUCCCCACGGGGGUAAGAGCUGGACUGGAUUUUCAGUAUCUCAGUUCCUCUUCCAGCCAACUCAUACCCUUC